ACAGAGGUGAUGGUUACUUCGCGACUGGUGAUGUGACAGGGCAAACCCGCUGCCGCUAGCACUGGUUAGCGAGUUUGUUGACUUUCGUAUUUCCUCGUUUCUCCUCAAAAUCAGAGCAGCGACACGAAAAUGGACAACAGUGGGAAAGAAAAAGAAGCGACGGCUUUAAUGGCCGAGGCCGAAAAGAAAGUAAAGUCAUCGCAGUCGUUUUUCGGCUCGCUGUUUGGGGGUUCGUCCAAGCUAGAAGAGGCCUGUGACAUGUAUGUGAGGGCAGCCAACAUGUACAAAAUGGCCAAAAAUUGGUGUGCUGCAGGAAAUGCAUUCUCCCAAGCUGCUCUCCUUCACCUGCAGAUUCAGAGCAAACACGAUGCAGCGACUAACUUCAUAGAUGCUGGAAACGCCUUCAAAAAAGCAGAUCCACAAGAGGCCAUAAACUGCCUAAACCGAGCUAUUGAGAUAUACACUGAUAUGGGGCGCUUCACCAUCGCAGCCAAACAUCAUAUCACCAUCGCUGAAAUAUAUGAGACAGAGCUGGUGGACAUUGACAAGGCCAUCGCUCAUUAUGAACAGGCAGCAGAUUAUUACAAAGGGGAAGAAUCCACCAGUUCAGCAAACAAGUGCCUUCUGAAAGUAGCAACCUACGCAGCUCAGCUGGAGCAGUACCCAAAAGCUAUUGAGAUCUAUGAACAGGUUGGAACCCACGCAAUGGACAGUACGCUCCUGAAAUACAGUGCCAAGGAUCACUUCUUCAAGGCAGCCCUCUGUCACUUCUGUGUAGACAUGCUGAAUGCAAAACUUGCUGUGCAGAAGUACGAAGAAAUGUUUCCGGCCUUUUCAGACUCCAGAGAAUGCAAACUGUUGAAGAAACUUCUAGAUGCCUGUGAAGAACAGAAUGUGGAUGCCUAUACUGAUUCGGUGAAGGAAUACGACACCAUAUCACGGUUGGACCAGUGGCUCACCACCAUGCUUCUCCGCAUCAAGAAAACCAUACAGGAUGAUGAGAGCGACCUUCGCUGACUUCCCUGCUUUCUCAGCCUGAAGCCCUCAACAUCUGACUUGCAUCCUUUGUUUUGCCUUGUCACUUCCAUUCUAGCAGAAAUCUUAAUUGUUUGAUCAUUAUCCCUUAUAUUCCUUCAUACUGUGUUUCCUUCCUACCAUCUGCAGUAUUUAUUCUUGCCUUUUUAAUCUGCUCAACUCGAUUCUCCAAAAAUUAUGGUCUUUAUAGUUAUAAACACUAUUUUCAGUGCACAGUGCACACAGUUUGUUAGUUGUAUAUUGUUAUGAUACAGGUAUUGGCCCAAUAUUAGUUAAAGCUUUCAUAAUUGGGCCUGCAAUACCUAGUAUUCAUACCAGCACACUUGCAUAAUAAAGGCUUUAUUUUAUUUUCAUUCUUAUAAUAGGGAUGAGAGGAUGCCAACAUUUCAAUCUGAAAAAUAUAUUUUCCAGAAUGUGCUUUAGAAUAAACAAAAAAUUGUUUUUUGGUGAUUUUGAGUGCUCGAGCAUACUGUAGAUCGUGUCAGGGCAUCUCUAAUUAAACAGCACCUCAUCUCAGCUGUGGUGUUCCUCUCCAAGCAGAGAGACCAACAGUUUCUGAGGUUACUCCAUGUCAAAUACUCCCUCUGCCUUAUACUGCGAAGUUCUCAGGACGUGCACAGCUAGAUCUGAUUGGGGGGGGGGUUAAUUCUUUUAUCAAAUGUUAUCAAUUAAUUUGCUAAUUGUCUUGUCACUUCCAUUUAACGUGCUUUUAUUCCACAAUAGAAGGUGAAAAAAAAGCUCAUCACCUUUGACCUUUGAACAUUUGCAUGGUUUGGUAUGGAUGAGAAAACUAGAACAGCUGUUUUCCACUGAAUAGGAGUUAUUUCUCAAGUAUUUUAUUAUUUCCUUUUUAUGUUAUUGUCUAAUUUGUUUGUUUUCUGUCAUAACUAAACAGGCUGAAAAAAAAAACAGCAUUUUUAAAGGCCUGCUCGAGAUGCAAUACAGUGAAGAAAAAGGAGCUUUACUGAUCUGAACACUGUGCUCAUGUAUCCUCCUGAUGAUUUUGUCAAUAGACAAUUGGUCUUAAAUAAUUUGUACGUCAGUGAUGUUUCCUGUCAAACCUUUGAAUAAACCCGUCUCAGUACAGCA